AUGCCAUUUCAUUUCGACAUCUCAUGGGCUGGUCACCUGACAGAUACUGUCACAAGUGCUCUUCUCCUUCCGCUGGUCUACCUCCUCGAAUUUCUCACCGAAGACCUCCCUCGAGUAGGCAUCUACGUCGUCAAGAUCUACUUUCAAUGUGCUAGCAUCAUCUUCUCUACGACCAUUUACUGCUCUCGCCUUCUUCUUGCUAGCUUCGUACAAUACAUCGCAAUCACCCUUGUCUGGAUCCAAAUGAGUCUCCGGCUCAGCCUCAUCGCCUCCACGAUCUACAUCCUGGGUCGCUUCCUCCAGAUACUGUGCGAGUUCUUUAUCAAAAACCCUGUCUACACGGUAUUGGCAGCUAUGGGAAUCCUAAUACUGCGGGAAUUGUUCAGAUACUUGGUCCCGAUCUUGACGUGGGCACAGUUGGUUGAUCGAGGUAUCCAGGCGAUGAUAUUCAAGAUGAAGUCAAUGGCAGCGAAGAAGAAGAUGAACAGGAAGUUUGUGGUUGUUCGAAGGUCACAAAUGAUUGAUGAGGGCACACAGACUGUUAAGGCUUGGGAUAGGGUCAAGGAGAAGGUCAAGCUCAAGGAGAUACAAAGGCCCGAUGGUCACCCAAAUAAAUCCGACGAGGACUGGGAGACGGAUUCAGAAGAUGAACAUGAGGAGAUACCUGGAAGAAGAAUGGUAUGA